GAAGGCUUGAAGCUGAAGGCGAAGGAAAGCUAUCAGGAGAAGAGAGAUUGGAAUUCAGUUAUUUUGAGGACUCAGUUGUUGUUAGAGCUGUCUUUUGUGGAUAACAACAAUUGUAGACCUACUCAAGGGGAGCCUAGCAUGGAUACCAGCGAUUGGAGAACUCAACUUCAACCUGAUUCACGGCAGAGGAUUUUGAAUAAGAUAAUGGAAACUUUGAAGAGGAACCGUCCAAUUUCUGGCCCAGAAGGGUUAGAAGAACUUAGGAAAAUUGCUGUAAGAUUUGAAGCAGGGGUUUAUUCUGCUGCGGCAAGCCAGACAGACUAUCUACGGAAGAUAUCUCUAAAGAUGCUGGCAGUAGAGACAAAAUCUCAAACUCCUGGUGUGGCUGGUUCCUUACAGUCAAACCCUGUUGUUGGUAACCAAAAUCCGCCUGAUCCAGCAUCAAUAGAUUCUAUAGCUCAGACAGGACUAAUUUGUGAUUGGCAAGAAGAGGUCUAUCAAAAGAUUAAGGCAAUGAAGGAAAUGUACUUACCCGAAUUAGAUGAAAUGUACCAGAAGAUUGCUAUCAAAUUACAGCAGGUACCCUUUUUUUGGUCACUGGAUUCCAUCUUAUUUAUACUCUAUAAAUGUUCCACAAAGUGUUAAUUGUUAGUAAAACAA